GCUCUACAGCAGCAGCGUCCUCUGGACUCGGGACGCGGAGUGAGCGGCAGCUCCCCAUCCUGCUACCCAAAACACGGGCACGGGGACAACUUCAGCUUGGCUCAUUUUGGGGAUUUGAGGAACAACACAGACAGCCUCCAAACACACUUCUUCUUCUUCUUCUUUUUUAAAUGAGUAAGAUACUUUAGAUAUGGCUUCAUCCGUGAGCGGCACAGAGGAGGUCCGGGUGUCUGCGUUGACGCCCCUGAAGUUGGUGGGACUGGUGUGCGUCUUUCUCGCCCUGUGCCUGGAUGCCGGGGCCGUGUUGAGCCCGGCGUGGGUCACGGCGGAUGACCAGUACUACCUGUCCAUGUGGAUGUCCUGCUGGAAGCCCGUCAGCUCCGCGGAGUGGUCCUGCAACAGCACGCUGGCCACCGACUGGCAGAUCGCCACACUGGCCUUGCUGUUGGGGGGGGCGGCCCUCACCCUGUUCUCUUUCCUCGUGGCGCUAAUCUCCCUGUGCUCUGGCUCCAGGAGUCGCUGCUACAAGCCAGUGGCUGUCAUGCUGUUCUCCGCAGUGGUGCUCCAGGUGUGCAGCUUGGUCCUCUUCCCCAUCAAGUUCAUAGAGACGGUCAGUCUGAGGGUGUACCACGAGUUUAACUGGGGCUACGGUCUGGCCUGGGGAUCCACCAUCUUCUCUUUUGGAGGCGCCAUCCUCUAUUGCCUCAACCCCAAGAACUAUGAAGACUACUACUAAAAUGUGUGAGACAAGAGGAGAAAUUGAGACUCCGUUUCACCCGGUGUCCUCUCAGUAAUAGGAACUUUCUGUCCGUUACACAGUGCACAAACACAGACUAGAAAAACAGGAAACACAAACACUUAUUGUUAGUUUCAGGACUGGAAAUUAGCUCUUUCAAUUGAUACUGUGAACUUAUCGUCUCAGCGACUAUCCGCACUCAUUGGACUGAAGCCCCGUGCUCUCAGGAGGUUUUGGCAGCAAACCCGGUGGAAAGAAAUCCAAACCUAGCCAGUUAAAUUUGGGAGAGAAUUUGAGUACUCAGAUAACUCUUGUGUCCCUUUUAAGUGGAACUCCAGUAGGUCUUAGAUUUGGGCAAAGAAAAUCUAGAGGGAACAGUUGGAUUUACUCACCGCAUACCAGGACGAAUUGAUGGUAUAAUUAACCAAUCAGAGAAGAGAACCAUGUAAAGUCGAGCCAAUCAGGGAAGUGACGGACCCAGGAAAGCCUAUUGAAGUGAUAUCACGAGGAUGACAAAGUGAGGAAGACAGGGCACACCUCAGGAAAUGCUGCAUUUCCCCAGAGUUACACGACAACUGGAACUUGGCAGAGCCUUCUUCCUCCAGUAGAGUGAAAUAGGAUGGAGAAAGCAUGUCAUAAAGCUCCAAAUAGGUGGCUUUUUUUUUUUUCCUUCUUUCUUGUAUUAAAAGCGUCAGAGAUACUGUAUAUAAACAGAAGCUACCUAAGACAGAAAAACCAUUCCACAGCCGCCUCCAAAUGAUAACAUACUGGUGAGAGAAACAUGUACUGGUUAAUGAAUAGCAGAGUCUGUCAUAUGUAAACAGCGGUAAAGCCUUUUUCUGCUAAUGUAAACGUACAACAUAACCCAAGUUACACCUGCUUUUUCAGAAAAUGGUUGUUAUAUGCAAGUAUACACAAUAAGCAUAAAGUAAUAUUCACUACAAGAAGACCAGUGGGAAGGAAGAUGGCAAAUGACCAUGUUUGCUGAGCGUGUCAUGUCUGCAUGAUCAUACCACCCAGCAUGUGCUCACAUACCUCCCUCAUGUGAUGCCUCCUUAUCUUCUCCCCCUGUAGGGAAUGGGAGCGCACACAGCAGGGUAAGCUUCUGUAGGAAUACAACACAACUCAGAUAGGGAGAGACUGUAGCAUAAAAUUAUUGUAGUUAUUGAAAAAGUCAGUUUUUGCAUCCAAGUUAAGGUCCUUGAUGGAGUACUUUAGGAGAUGCUAGAGUGAAAUAUGCUGUGCAUGAUCAGUGUUAUGACUGUGGGAUCAAUCAAGCAGAAAAUGGAGAGUUUCAAACCUGAAGGACAGUGAGAUCAGAGCUGCACUGGCACGACUCAAACCCCAUUCGAACGUGGUUAGAAACGUCUCCAACUUCUUCUUGCAACAGUAAUGAAAGCGUGUGUGUGUGUGUGUGUGCAUGUUACUACCAUUUGCUGCUGUGUUUCUGAUUCCCACUGGUUUGAUUACUUGCAUAAUAAACAUGUACUGAAAAAAAA